AUGUUCGACCCAAUAAUCGAAAAAAUCAUCAACUUAAUUGAUAACCAAUUGUUUGAAUUUACAAGAAAACAAGUAAAACAAAAAUGCAAGGCAGUGUUCUUGGUUGGAGGUUUUAGUGAAUCUCAGUAUUUAAUAAAACGAGUCCGAGAAAAAUUUCAAAGACGUGUACCCAUUAUUGCGUCUCCUCGAGAACCGAUAGCGGCUAUCGUUAGAGGCGCUGUAAAAUACGGACUAGAUAUGGGCCAGAUUAAAAGUCGAAUCUUGAAAUGGACAUACGGAGUAGAGAUAAUGGAAGAUUUUGACAUUC